AUGGCGAAAGGGCGUAUGGGUCUGAUAAACUUCUACGUGCUCUUCACCUUUGUCAUGCUAGACAUUAUGAAGGUCGCCUUCGAGUCCUACAUGAAUAUGGGUAUCUCAUAUGAAACAUUGAACAAUGCCGUGGCGAUAAACGGUGUCGGCCUAGCGGUCGGCUGCUUGCUGUUCAUCCCCAUCGUGCAUAAUACCGACGCCGCCCGCUCGUCUCAUCGUUCCGGUGAAGAGCUUAUUGCAGUCAACUUAUUAUCAGUUACCGGCGAAGCCGCCAGUGAGACUAUUGUCUCCAUCAUCCCAGCCCGGAGGCCGAGUCAACCAUCCCUCGACCCAACCCCCUUUCCAAGCGCCUGGCAAUCAUCACCAAAUCCGAUGAGUCCAUCCGGCAUCACUUCUACCUUCCUUUCCAAGAUACUUUUUACAUUUCCUGCCGUUGCCUACGCGGCCAUCACAUAUGGGUUACUACUCGCCUGGUUCGCCGUUAUAAGCUCUGCUGCUUCCUAUUUUAUGCUGUACCCACCAUACUCAUUCAAUUCUUCCUCUGUGGGACUCUUCAUAAUAUCCGAAUUGAUAGGAGCCAUCCUCUGUACGAUCAUCGGUGCCCCACUCAAUGACCAGUCAAUUUUGGGUCUUGACCUUUGGUUUGGGUCUAUCGCGGUCUCUACCGUGGGUAGUUCUCGCGGUUGGAUAUGUCAUCUUUUGAUUCGGGUUCUCCGUGACCGGCGAUAUCGCGUUGAUAUCGCGUUGACCUACCUCACCAACUGUUACCCAGAGAUCCUCGGGGAUUUUCUCGUUGGGGUUGACUUCAUUCGGAACGGCCUCUCCGUCCUCAUCAUGUCCGUCUACACACCCUGGAUCAGCUCGUUUGGCAUCCAAAAUACUUUCAUUUGUGCCGCAAUAAUCUCGCUGGCUAUGAUUAUUAUGCCUAUCGGGCUGCUUAUCUGUGGUAAACGGGCUCGGGAGCGCAUAGCGCCGGAAUACAGGGAUUUGCUUUUCGGCAACCUCUUCAUCGAAGUAUAA